UUAAGUGUUUUUUUAUCCUAUCUCACAGGAACUAGAAAAUAGGUUCAAGCAUGGCGCUUAAAAACUCUAUCAAGUCUAUUGUUCGACUUCCCAUCAAUAUUACAAUUGACAAGGAAGAUUUAGAAUCUGAUGAAGAAGUUCCGGUUUCUAAAACUAAAAUCAUCAAACCGAAGAGAUAUGGGAAAAAACAGAGUGUUGUGCUUGCGAGCCAAAUAGAAACUGGUAUGAAAGAUAUUGGAGUUUAUAUUGAUGUCAACCCUCACAAGGAAAAGAAAUUGAGUGUAGAAACCGUAGCCUCCAACAGCAACAAUGCAACCUGCAGCUCAUCAUCACUUAUUAAUACAGACACAUUAAUGGAAAAAUCUGUGUUAACCCCUGGGUUUGAAAAAUUGGAUAAUGUUCCCAAGUAUAGUGCAAGCAAACGACAGUUGAAAAUGGAAAGGAGAAAGGAGGCUGAUAAAACCAAAGGUGGAAAGUGGUUUAAUCUUCCUGCAACUGAAAUGACUGAAGAAAAACUUCGAGAUCUUGAAAUAAUCCAAAUGAGGUCCAUCUUGAAUCCAAAACAGUUUUACAAGAAGAAUGACCUGAAAGUUGUUCCAAAAUAUUUCCAGGUUGGAACUGUAGUUGACAGUCACGCAGACUUUUAUCAUGACAGAGUACCUAAAAAGGACCGCAAGAAGAAUCUUGUCGAUGAGUUGAUGGCGAACGCAGACUUCCAGAGAUAUAACAAACGUAAGUAUGCUGAAAUUAUCCAAACUAAACCAGGCACUCGCAUUGCUUCAAAAACGAAAAAGAGGAAGUAAUGCAUUAAUGUUUUGAAAUGACAUGAAUAAACAGUUAACUUUUUCAAAAAA